AUGGGUUCCUGGGUUCAUACCAGUCUUAGCUUCACUGCCAUAGCUCUUCUCCAUCUUCUAGUUCUUGUUUCUGGUCGUAAACCAACUGGUGCAAGAAGAAGCAGAAGCAGUGAGACCAGUACUGGUACCUGUGAUUUCUUCAAUGGGAGAUGGGUUUUGGACGAGGAGGAGUACCCACUCUACCAUCCUAGCACGUGUCCGUUCAUCGAGCGCGAGUUCAGUUGCGAGAAGAAUGGCCGAGCUGACCAGGACUACACCAAAUACAGAUGGCAACCCCAUGACUGUAAUCUACAUAGAUUUGAUGGCAAAGCAUUUUUAGAAAAAAAUAGAGGGAAGAGCUUCAUGUUUGUUGGAGAUUCAUUGAGCCGGAAUCAAUGGCAGUCGUUGACGUGCUUGCUUCACUCAGCUGUGCCAACAGCUGAAUACAAUGUCACUAGACUAGGAGAUGUUUCUAAUUUCGAGUUUCCGGAUUAUGGAGUCAAAGUGAUGCUUGACCGCAAUGUGUAUCUAGUAGAUACUGUUAGAGAACAAAUUGGUAGGGUUUUGAAGCUUGAAUCAAUUGAGGGAGGCAAGUUGUGGAAAGGAAUCAACACCCUCAUCUUCAACACUUGGCACUGGUGGAAUCGCAGAGGACCUUCGCAGCCAUGGGAUUUCAUUGAAGUUGGAGGCAAGAUUAUCAAAGAUAUGGAUCGGAUGCUUGCUUUUGAGAAGGCACUCACAACUUGGGGUCAAUGGGUGGAUACAAACGUUGAUCCUGCAAAAACUAGGGUUUUCUUCCAAGGGAUUUCACCCUCCCAUUACAAUGGGACUGAUUGGGGUGAGCCAAGAGCAAGGACUUGCGAGGGGCAGAAGGAACCUUUGUUGGGGUCGACCUACCCAGGAGGGUUGCCACCAGCUGUAGGUGUGCUGAAGACUGCUUUACGCAAAAUCACAAAGCCUGUGACAUUGCUGGACAUAACGAAUCUCUCACUUCUUCGUAAAGAUGGUCACCCUUCUAUAUAUGGGUUGGGAGGCCGCCCAGGAAUGGAUUGUAGUCAUUGGUGUCUUUGUGGAGUCCCGGAUACUUGGAACGAGAUUCUUUACAAUUUUCUUCUUUGA